AUGUCGCAUUUAACUACAAUUGAUAAUGUACCGCUAGAUAUGACUAAAACUACAGAUUCCGAAAAUAGUAAGCCUCUUCAUUCAAAAAGUUUGAAUAGAAAUGAAUCUAUCCAAAAGAAUAAUACGUCCAUUGAUGCUAAUAGGAUUGCUUUAUCGGAGGUCACUGUAAACACGACACAAUCUGUUGCUUCCAAAACCUCAAAGAAAGUGUCAGAAAAACAAUUAGAGUUAUCUGAUGAUAAGAGACAAGUGGAAAAGCCAAUAUUUCUAGCAAAAAUCCCAAGAAUACGAAGAGACGCAAGUGACUUAACGUAUGUGAACUUAAAGAAGAGAAAAAUUUAUAGAGAUAAUGAUGAUACACCUGUCCAAGAAAAUACAACUUCUAAUAUAAUAAAUCUUGAUCUAUCAAAAAUCCAAGAAGAAAAUGAAAUGAACUUAACAUCAAAAAAUGAAAAUGGUAGACUUCUUACAAAAGAAUCUGCCACUGCUAAUAUAAAUAUUGAUACUGUGGUGCCGAAGAAAUGGAAAAAUUUAGAUUCUAGUGAAAUUAACGAUAUUUGCAUGGUUGUUGAAUAUACGGAUGAUAUUUUUGAGCAUUUAUACAAAAGGGAACUGGAGACAACAACAGAAAUAAAUUAUACAACUGACCCUAAUUAUACUUAUCAAUUGAGGGAGUCACUAAGAACUAUAUUAGUUGAUUGGCUAGUUGAAGUUCAUGAAAAGUUUGAAUUAUAUCCAGAAACUUUAUUCUUAGCGAUAAAUUUAAUGGAUAGAUUUUUAUCUAAAAACAAAGUAACAUUAAGUAAACUACAAUUGUUAGCAAUAACUGCAUUAUUUAUCUCUGCGAAAUUUGAAGAAAUAAAUUUACCAAAAUUGAGUGAUUAUUCAUAUAUUACUGAUGGCGCUGCUUCGAAUGAUGAUAUCAAAAGUGCUGAAAUGUUUAUGCUGAAAUCAUUAGAAUUUAAUCUGGGAUGGCCUAAUCCAAUGAAUUUCAUUAGAAGAUUAUCAAAAGCUGAUGGUUAUGAUUUCAAGACAAGGAAUCUGGCAAAAAUGAUUUUAGAAUUUGCCAUUUGUUCAAAUAUUUUUAUUAACGUUAAACCAUCUCGCAUAAGUGCUAUAUCCAUGUAUAUUGCUAGGAGGAUCACAAAUAGAAACCAAAUAUACUGGGAUAGUACUUUUGAGCACUACAGUGGUGGAAUUGAUCCAUUAAAUGAUGCAACUUUUAAGAAGCAAUGUUUUUCACUAAUUAAUGAAAUGAAAAAAGAAAACAACUAUGAUUCUUUAAGAAGAAAAUUCCAUCACCCAAAAUUGUUUUCAUUGUAUAAUGCUCUACAAAAUUGGUGUAAUCAUUAUGAAGGAAAAUUAUUCCCAAACUGA